UACCGCAUUUGUUUACGAAUCGAGGUGUGAAGCGAAACUGAGCGUUUGUCGCAGGAAAACUAGCAUAAUAAACCAUUGAAAUGGCGGAUAGACGUGUCCUUGUCAUCGACAAUGGAUCAUACGAGUGUCGCGUGGGCUGGAGCGAUUCAAAGGAGCCAGAUCUGCGUUUCCGCAACGUACUGACCAAGCCACGCAAGGAUCGCAAGAAGGAGGCUCUACAACAGGGCUCCUCCGAAGGUGCACAACCGGCAGUUGUGGAGGCACCUGCCGAAAUCCAGGUGGGCAACGACAUAACCAACAUCGAGGCGGUGCGGGCCCAUUUAAAGAGUCCCUUCGAGCGGAACGUGAUAACUAACUGGAAUCAUCAGGAGCAAAUCUUCGACUACAUAUUCACCAAGAUGGGUUUCGAGGGGCAGGAGAGGGUUGAUCACCCAAUUGUGCUGACAGAGGCCUUGGCCAAUCCAAACUUUUGCCGGCAGCAGAUGAGCGAGCUGCUCUUCGAGUGUUACGGUAUAAAGGCCGUAUCCUACGGAAUAGAUGCUCUCUAUAGCUGGGAGCACUAUCAGCAAAGGCGUCAAAAGAUAUCAGAUGCUCUGCUUAUUUCCUUCGGCUACAGCACCACCCAUGUAAUUCCCGUUCUCGGAGGAAAAUUGCAAUUGGAGCAUGUGCGUCGUCUGAAUGUGGGUGGCUAUCACAUUAUCACCUAUCUUUUCCGGCUCAUGCAAAUGAAGUAUCCCGUGCAUCUGAAUGCCAUAACUAUCAGUCGAAUGGAAAAACUGGUCCAUGAGCACUGCCACGUUGCCGUGGAUUAUAGGGAGGAGCUAGUGAAGUGGGCCCAAAUGGACUACUACGAUGAGCACAUCAUGAAAAUUCAGCUGCCCUACAACGCGGUGACCGCCACCAAUGCUUUGCUUACAGCUGAGCAAAAGCAGGAGAAACGCCGGGAGCUGGCCCACCGACUGCUAGAAAUCAAGAAUCGCCGCGAGCGAGAGAAGUUGCGCGAGGAUGAGCAACAGUUGUUUGUCUAUAACAAGCUGAGGCAACUGUAUGAACAGCAAAAGCUGGAAAAAUUUGAGCGUGCCCUGCAACAGCAACAAAUCGGUACGCUGGAGGACUUGGAUGCCCUUAUUGCCACCAUAAACUCGCGUAUUAAACGUGCCCAAGACAGAGCACAGAGUGCCCCGCGUCCCAGCAAGCAACAGGAAAAGUUGGACAAAAUGCCCAAGCCCCCAGCAGGUGUCUCCCAAGCGGACUGGCUGGCCGAACUUCAUGGCAAGCGAGAGGAACUACUUGGGCGUAAGCAGGCCCGCCAACAGCAACGUUCGGAGCAGGCCAAACGGCAUACUCAUGCCGCCCAGCAGCGCAUGCGCAUCAUCUCGUCGCUGGCCAAAAGCGAGAAGCGGCGCAAGGCCAACGGCGAGGAGGAAGAUGACGGCUUUGGGAUGAACGACAACGACUGGGAUGUGUACAAGCGGAUUAAUCGCUAUAACGAUGACAGCGACUCGGAUGCGGAUAACGAACAGUUGCUGGAGUUCGAGAAAAUUCUGAGUCAUUAUGACGCCAACUUCGAUGUUAGCAACUCCAAUGCCCAGGCCCAGACUGCCGCGGAAAACUAUCAGCUGCACUUUGGGGUGGAGGACAUCCGCGUGCCGGAGAUCCUGUUCCAGCCCAGCAUGAUUGGCUGUUCGGAGGCGGGUCUAUCGGAAUUGAUAGCCUUCGUGCUAAAGCUCUUUACAGCCGAGGAGCAACAGCGACUGGUGGAGCAUGUCUACCUGACCGGUGGAUGUGCCCAGUUUAAGGGCCUCAAGGACCGUCUCGCCAAGGAGCUGCUGGAGAUGCGUCCGUUCCAAUCGAAGUUUUCCAUCUACGAGUCGGAUGAGCCCAGUCUAAGCGCCUGGCUAGGUGCCUGUGUGCAUGCUGAAGAGCCAAACUUUGGCCACUCGCUAACAACGCGCCAGGAUCACCAGGAGUAUGGCAGCGAGUUUUUCCGGGAGCACAGAGCCAGCAAUCUCUUUUAUCCUACACCAAAAGAUUAAGAUUUAUUUGAAGCCACCGUGAAAUAUAUAAACGCUUAAAACAAAA